AUGAAGCAAUCUAUGAUCCUCCUCGCCGCCAUUGCUGGCGCUGCCACAGCCCAGAACCUCGGUUCUUGCGCACAACUGUGCAUCAACAACAUGAACCUCAUUGCCAACACCCAGUACUCUUGCCCUGCUGGUGACCAGGGUUGCUUCUGCUCCCAGUCUAACUGGGCCUACGGUGUUCGCGACUGCUCCCAGCAGGCUUGCGACACUGAGCAGGCUGCUCAGGCCAUCGGUUUCGCUCAGAGCCAGUGCCAGCAGGUCCAGUCGACCCUCACCUCCGGCGCCACUGCCUCUCCCUCUGCGGCUCUUAGCAUCCUGAACCCGGCCCUCAGUUCCCUCUCGGGCGCUACUGGUACCGCUUCAGGUGAGAGUGCUUCUGCCACUGGCAGCGCCUCCCAAUCCGCUAUUACUACCGUGCCCCUCGUUGCUACCGUCACCAACUCUGACGGCAGUGUCCAAACCACUACCUCUGGUUUCAGCACUGUUUACAGCUCGGGCGCGCUAACUGAGUCUGCAGCAAGCGCGGCCUCAAGCGCAGCUUCCUCUAUCGAGUCCGAGUUGAGCUCUGCCCUCUCCUCGGUCGCUGAGUCUGCCUCGUCUGCUCUUGCAUCUGCCACUGGCUCCCUCGGCUCUGCCGCCUCUUCGGCCACUGGCGCCGCCGGUUCUGCUGCCAGCUCUGCCGCCUCUGCUGCCGGCUCUGCCGCUUCCAGUGCUGUCCCCUCUGGCUCCGCCGCCAAGGUAACCGGCCUUCCUGUUGCCGCCGGUCUUGCCUUCGCUGCCUACUUCCUCUAAGCGCAUCUUCGCUGUCCAAGGGCCAACCUCGACGGAGUAAUGUGCAUAAUGGAUAAUGAGGUGGAACAUAAUGCGAGGAGGACUUGGAUAUAUCGCUGUGUAUGCGGCGAUGGAUUGAAUACCAAACCUAGUAUUCGAUUCGAGUCGCAGGACUCGACUUUUUACGACUUUCACACGACGGCUCAAUGGUUACGACUCAUACGCCGAUGACCCUUCAUGUAUACGCGCCCUAGCGCUUUGAUACCCUCACUCUCGGCUUGUGGGAAAGCGUUCCGGUGUUCGGGCGCUGGUAGAUAG